AUGCAGUUCUUCAACUACGCCACCACUCUGCUCGUCGCCCUGUGCGCCGUCGCCGCUCAAGCCCAGGAUUGCUCCUGCCUAUGCCCAGGCGACCUCUGCGCCUGCUCUGUGAUGUUGAUUGAGCAUCGUUUCCAAACCACCGUGUCCCCGCCCGCUCUCGUUCGUGAUGUGUCAUCGCUCGGUCUCGUCUUGAAAUUUCGCUGUCACAGUAUUCCUGGCUCUCACAGCAUCAGUGCGGGAAACCCCUCUUCGAGUCUGCCAGAUGUAGGUCGAGGCGAGAAUUUCCUCGACUGUGCAGACAAGGUUGCGAUGGCUUUCAUUCCGCCGGUUGUGUUGCUCCUCAUCAAGACUCCAGUUUCAGUCCGUUUUGACUUGGGAAGGAGUGGAUGUUUGAAGUGA